AUGACGCGGACUACUCAGCUCUUCCCUCUCGUCGCCGCCAUCGCGGUUUCCAUCUUGUCAUCAGCAGCCGCAUCCAACACCACCACCUCGUCACUCCAAAGCCUCCUCGCCGAAGCGUCGCAGUGGCGGGAAACCCACCUGGGCGCCCCUUCCUCGCACUCGGGCGGCGGCGCGGCGCAUGCUGGCGUCCGGCCGAACACCGUCGUGGCAUGGGCGCUCUCCUUCCUGGCGGCGUCCGUGUCGAGCGCCGGCGGCGUGGGCGGCGGGUCGCUGUUCCUGCCCAUCCUAAACCUCGUGGCGGGGCUGAGCCUGAAGCGCGCCACCGCCUACUCGUCCUUCAUGGUCACGGGCGGCGCGGCCUCGAACGUGCUCUACAACCUCGCGUGCACGGGCACGGGCAGCGGCGGCGGGAGCGGGAGGCUGAUCGACUACGACAUCGCGCUGCGGUUCCAGCCGUGCCUGCUCCUGGGCGUGAGCAUCGGGGUGGUGUGCAACGUCGUGUUCCCGGACUGGCUCAUCACCCUGCUCUUCUCCCUGUUCCUCGCCUCCUGCACCGCCAAGACCGCGCGGGAGUCAAGAUCUGGCGGUCCGAGAGCGGCGGGGCCGGGGCCGGGGCCGCGCGCGGCGACCACCACCACGGCAAGGAGCCCCUGCUGCUGCGGCUGCCCCGCGGCAGUAGCGACGCCGACGCCGAGGGCGGCGGCCGCGGAAAUGGCGCGGGGUUCCCGUGGGCGGACGUGGCGCUGCUAG